AUGGAGACUCCAACGCAGCGAGGCACUGACAUGUCGUGGCUACAGGAUGCGUCUCCAGUGGUCAAUACCCCGCGCACGCCUCAGAGAGCAAGGUCACACACUCCGGAACCCAACUCUUCAACAAUCGUGAAUCCCUCCUCCGCCCUUCUACAAGACCUGCUCAAGGAACAACGCGCAUCACGAGGAGCCCGGACUGGCGGGUUGGAAGAAUUGGAGGACAGCCCAAGGCGCACGCCGGAGUGGUGCCAAACCCAAACCCAAUCUCAGUCUCAGUCUCAAACCCGAACCAACUCCCAGGAAGAACCGGGCUCCGAAAAACAGCAAAACACAAAGAUGUCAUCGCAUGGUAGUGUCAGACGGCCCCCGGAAAUGGGAGUCCGAGAAACGGACCAGUAUAUCUCGAAAAUCAGCAAACAGAACUUCGACCUGAAGCUGGAGAUAUUCCAUCGUGUGCAGCAGUUAUUCGCGCUAGAGAAGAAGUUGGAACGAAUGCAAGAACUAGAGGACGAGCUCGAACGUAUGCGUGGACUGGAGGACGAGGUACAGGAGCUCAGGGCCGCCGAGGAAGAUAACCAGAGACUCCGAGAGUCGAACGAGCAGCUACGACAAGAGAUUGACAAACGAGACCAAGCUGUUACCGAAGCCGUGGAGCUCAUCUGUCAAUUGGAGGCCAGGGUGGAGGAGCUUGCGAUGGACAAGAAUGACCCUCGCUCUUCGACCUCACACCUUCCGUAUGAUGAAUCGGGAGUUGCGACGCCCAGAAACUCUGCUACCCCUGAUAUUCCGGAAAGAACGUCAUCUAGGCGCGGUAUUAGACAGUCGGAACGCCGCCGAGUCUCAUCGGGAUCCCGUAUACUCCAGCGCGCGCCGUCCUUCCUGCUUGAGGAGAGCAAGAGCACAGCCGUCCUACGCAGUUUAUAUGUCGAUACGGACGAUCAUCCUGUUCCUGUACCGACCCCGAUCCCUAAAUCCGAAAGCAUGAAUUCUAUGACUGAGACAAUCGAGCCCGAGUCACCGAGACUGAGUGCUUUGAGCGAGUGCAGCGAGCUAAAUAUUGACGAUACUCCAAUUUCGGAAGAUGGGUACGACAAGAUUGACAUUCCAGUACGCCUGAAAGAAACAAGCACUCAAUGCACGAAUCUCUCUUCUGUCACUUUGCGCAUGGCUGAUGCUGAUAUCGUCCAUGUAAAUCGAUGGCUUCCUGAGGAAGCAGAUGAGGCUCCAAAAGCUGAAACUACACGGCGAAAGACUCGACGCUUGUCAGACGUAUUCAAAGAGCCCCAGUCAUCAAGUCCAAGUAGCUCCAGCCGCAAGUCGAAGAUAGAGAGUAUCUUUGGAAGCGCGCGACUUCCCCAGACGCCAGACACAAUGACAACCUCCUACCCGGCAUGGGCCAACAGCUCAUCUAACAGUACGAUUGCAGACAAAAGCCAGUCCGACCUGCGACAUUGCCUGACCCGACCACGAUCUGCUGAUGAGCUAACAGCCAGGCGAAGCUCCAUUACCAUCGAACCCAGAGAAAGCAUGGACAUAAAUCUAAGCAAAGUCACAUUCCCCCGGCCCACUCUUCACGAAGGAGACGAGGACCCUGCGAUUUUCCCUCUGAACAGCAUCCAGCCCCGUUAUGAUCAUUCUACCACUAAUCAUACAAUUUACUCCGACCACUUCGAAAGGGUUCUUGCCAGGAUGGAUAAGGACUAUUACUCUCCAUCCAGGCCAACUACCCGUGAUGGAACAACAAGUUUAGGAUCUUCGCCGCCAUCAAUGACCGCCGACGAUUGGAUCGAGGCUGCCCGUCCCGGCACAAGAAACCGGACAGGUCCUGUUCCUGUCAACUCUCGGCUAGUAGGCGCACGCGCGCCCAGCCAAUCCUCAUUUCUGGGCCGCCGACACAGCAUUGAUUCCGCCGUCCGAGAACCAACCCUACCUAUUAUACAAACAAUCAACCUGCGCGCUUUAGAGGACGAUGGUGCUCCAGCUGCAGCAACAGAGCCCGAGCCGGAGCCACGUCGCAGAAUCAGCCUCCUCCCACAUUUCUUCAACCGCUCCUCCAACGCGCGCCGCCUUCAACCCUCCCCCAUUUCCGACUCCGAUAAGGACGACGGCGCUCCAUCGCCAGUCAUCCGCAAGACAAGGAACCAACCGCCGCGAGCUCACCGACCACUGUCCGGCGUCGGACAAACGGGCGAUUUCUCUGCCUCCGCCAGACCAACAGACGCAGAAGACAGCGGCAUGUCGCGUUCCUUCACGGAAGGGAACCUCUUCAGCAGCUCUCUCAACUCACCAUCAUCAUCAACAACUAGGCCCUCAUCAUCCAAUGGCGGCAAAGACCAGCACAAGCGCCGCGGAUCCCUCGGCAUCUUCGGCUGGAUGAAGGGCGCCAGCGCUGGCUUGGGCUCGUCACUAAAGAAGUCGGACGUGCCGCCGCAAACGCAAACUUCAACGUCCUCGUCCAAAAAACCCGAGUCUCCAGUAACGCCGACAAUAACACCUUCAGUGUCUGCCUCUACAGGUACAGCUGUGCGCGCCUCUUCCCGCCUCGCGGCAUACGAUAAUGCUACACUCGCCGCGGCGGACCCUCCCAGAAAGCACGCUGAAGCGGCCACAGAGGAGUCCGCCACUUUCGCAACCCGAACGAGGCACCCAACGCGCACUGACGAGCUCGCUGACGAGCAGGGACGUCGUCCGCGUUACAUGGAGCGCCGGUCAAGACGGACCUGA